AUGUCACAUCUGAUCAUUCGUGCGUAUUUGAAUUCUCUUACAAAAUCAUUCGAUGAUUUACCACACUUAACCAAUGAUCAAUAUAUGAAGCUGAUAGAAAAAUUAGCACACCAGAUUGAUAACUUUUCCAAUGAACCGUCAAUGGACAGUUCAUUGAAUUCAGAAGAUGUCCCUGUCAGUCGAGAUCAAUCAAAACAGAUGGUAAAGAUGAUACUUGAACAACAUGAUCUUCUGGUUAAAACACUCUGUUCUCAACACGUUCCUGUCUUUCCUCUCAAUGUGUGUUCAGCUCAAUCGGGGCUGCCACAACAAAUGUCGAGUCAAACCUCAUCGUUGGCGGAUAGUCAGAUUGGAUCGAGUCAUACUCAUAACACUUUGUCAUCCACACCGGUUCAACAGACGGAAAUAACAAUUUCUUCGCCUAAGAAAGCAAAACAAUUUGAAUUAGUGACCAUAGCUGGAUCGAGCAUUACUCGAGGCCUUGGUAAUAGGACAAUCGAUUUUUCGAAUAAGUCAUUUCAAUAUCAUGUUCACACGAAAAAUGGUGCUGGGAUCGAGAGAAUGACUGAGUUUUUCAAAGAAAAACACUUCAAACCAUCACCUCGCUUCAUUGUUUGUGUUGGCACGACCAAUUUGAAAUAUGACAAACCGAGUGAUGCCCUUGAUAAAACAGAACUGUUGAUCGCGACAUUCAAAAACUCGUAUCCAAAUUCGAAAUUAGCUUUAAUCACUCUAUCUUCAAUGAAUAUUUGUGGCCUGAAAGCCUCAGUUGAGGCUCUAAACGAGGAUAUAAGAGAAUACAAUAGCAAAUUAGCAUCUCUAACUAUUAGUAUGGGUGUCGACUUGAUACCGAUUGAUUAUGAUAAGCGCGAUA